AUGCCUGCUCGGGUACGAUGGCCAGGCUGGGCGACGGCGGCGAUGGCGAUGGCGAUGGCAACACCAUCAGCAAUCCAGAGAAGAAGGGAGAAUCGGCCGCCGACCGCACGAACCCACAUCCUGGUGUACGACGGGUGCCUCAACCCGCCGCACCGCGGCCACCUAGCGCACCUCGUCCACGCGUUCCGGCACGCGGGCCGCCGGCGACAACUAUCUUUGGCGGAAGCUGGGCUCGCGGCCGGAUGUCCUGAGACUCUCGCUGGCGCAGCGCAUACGGUUGACCACUGGCCCAGGAUCGCGGAUAAGCUGGAGACGAGCACGGGUGCGGCCGGGUUCGAGGUCAAGUUCGUGUGGGUCGCGGGCGGCGACAGGGUAUUAUCCGUCGCCAAAGUCCCGUCUGGGGGGUGUGCGACGUCGAUCGUGACGGACGUGAGCCGGGCCGUGGACUUCUUCCCCGAGGCUCGCGGCGAGGCUCCGGCUCCGUUGUUGGGGCAUGGGCCGUGGGAGAAGGUGGCGGUGGGACGUCAUCAGCGCCAACACCAACGAAGGGAUAAGCAGGAGGAUCAUCCCGCCAGCUCAAAAGCCUUCUCUCGCCAACAAUUCACUACUAUUACCAACACCGACACCGCUCUCCCAACAAGCACAAGAGACGUGUGGGGCAGCAAGCGCGGCGACUACGCUUUGCGCUUCGUCGCGAGGAACGGGACGACUCCGACCUAAGCUCGACGCGUAGUCCGCCGCAUCAUAGCCGAGUUUCUCAGCGAGAUGGCCAACACCAACGUCACCAGCAGCGAUGCCAACAACACCGCCACCAUCAACAUCACCAACGAUACCAAUCAAUGCCAACACCAACAUCCACCAAAAGGAUCAUCAGCAAGAGGAAGAGGAUGAAAACAAAACUCGAAAACAGACUAACGGGCGUAUCCCUAAGCCCGGCACCCCUAGCACAGUAUGUCAUCGAGUGAAGCGGCGCGGAC